AUGCCCAAGUUCAAGCAACGAAGAAGAAAGCUAAAAGCCAAAGCAAAAAGAUUAUUCAAAAAAAGAGAAGCCUCUCACUUUCAGCCCAAGCUAAUUACACCUCCUCCUCCGCCACCCUCACCAGAAAGAGUGGUUAUUCCUUCAGCAGAUACAUCCCUUAGCAGAAGCUGGCUAAGACCAUCCUGGAACUUCAGAUUUCCCAAUAUCAAAGAUACUGUAAAACUUUGGACAAAUAGAAUGUGGUCUAUAUACCACUGGUGCCAGAACUGCAUGGCCCAGAGUUUAGAAGUAUUGAAAGACACCAUCUUUCCAUCCCGUUUCUGCCACCGAGAACUUCACAGUCUAAAACAACGGUUUUGCGUUUUGGAAAGUGAAUUAUGCAAGCUCCAGGAAACACUGAAGACUGUCUCUGAAAAAUCUUCCUGCCCAAGCUGUGGUCGAACAUUUACAAACGUACCCGCCGGUGUGCUAACCACCCCUGGAGAAUCUCGAGCUGUACUUCCUCCCACGCUGCCGCAGCCAUCCAGCCACCUUCCCCCUAUGCCUCCACCACCCCCCCCACCUCCUCCUCUGCCUCCGCCACCACCACCUACAGCACCUGUGCCGCUCAGAAGAUCUGAUUGCACUAAAGCACUUCAGCCUGGACCAUUAAAAAAAGAGGGACCCAUGCAGAUAACAGUUGAAGAUCUGCUGACUGUGAAAUUAAAGAAGACACAGUGUUUUGAUGAAAGGAAGAAGCCUGUACCAUCACCAAAGGCACAGAGUCCACUAGUUACUGUCUCUGACCUGCAGCGUGUCACCCUGAAGCCCAACUCCAAAGUGCUAUCAACUCGAGUUACAAAUGUCUUGAUUACCCCUGGUAAAAGCCAAAUAGAUCUGCGGAAACUACUUAGAAAAGUUGAUGUAGAGAGGAGCCCAGGUGGAACCCCACUUACCAAUAAAGAAAAUAUGGAAACAGGAACUGGGCUGACUCCAGUAAUGACCCAGGCCUUGAGGAGAAAGUUUCAGAUGGCUCACCCUAGAAGCCCAACUCAAACCCUGCCACUUUCUACAAGCAGCUUUGAUGAACAAAACUGA